AAUCAAAUACAAAUCGAAGCUCCUAAAUCUAUAAUUGGACUCGACUCACUUAAUUAACAUCCCUAGUUGUGUUUAAUCAAAUACAAAUUGAAGCUCCUAAAUCAAUAUGAAACAAUCGGAGCGCGAAAAGCGGGUUAAGGCGCGGAUCCGAAUUCACAAAAUAGAAAAGAAGUUUAACAUGGAGAUGCCGGAGCAUCUUGGUCGUUGCUAAAGGUAGGACCCACCCUUAAACAAAAUUAAAGUAGUUCCAAUAACAAGUUUAAACCCCAAAAAAGAAAAAAACUGUUUUCCCAAAUUAAAAAAAAUAUAAAAAUAAAUAAUAAAAUAAUUAAGCAGCUCCCAUCAUCUUGUAUUCCCAGUCCACGUCUUCCACCCUGUCAUCUACCGUACUCCUUUCUCUCUCCUCCCAAUAUCCACCGACUACCUGCUUAACCGGUCAUCCCCCCCUCCACACGUGCCAUCCUUCCACUUUUUACCUUCUCUCACGUGCCUCUCCCCUCACCCAUACACUACCAUUUCUCUCUUGUUUGUGUGGUGCAACAAAUUAAAGUAGGAGAGAGAAACCCACCUCAACAAACUUACACUAUUUCUCUUAGACCUCUCUUAGCUACUACCCCUUUUUCAAUUAAAAAAAAAAAUAUAUGUAUUUUUAUAAAAAUAACCCAUUAAAUCAAAAUACCUUUGCAUUUUGUCUAUGUAGUUCAUUCAUAAGUUUCAUUGCACUACUAAGCUCAUUUUAUUUUCAUUUUUCUCUCUAUAAAUCUCAUCCGUUUUAAUUAAUUUUUUGUGCACCAAAAAAAACAAAAAAAUCAAUCAAACCCAUGAGGAUUAGGAAAAGAAAGGUACCUUUGCCACUUUCCCUUCUUUCUCCGGUACCUCUUUCAGAUCCCUACCUUUUCAGCCGGUCACCGGUGCAAAACACUACUCAUGAUAAUAACACUACCACCACCACCACCCUUUCCUCCUCCUCGUCGCCUCUGAUGCUGUCGUCAUCCGAUCAUUUAUCGACAACUAAACGGUCCGCUGCGGAUCCACGCCGCAGCGGACCGUUAGUCGAUAACGAUAGCACUUCUAAGCUUGCUUCUGCUACUAAUACUACCGUUGAUGCUACGGGAUUUGAGGUUGUCGACAACAGCGGACUGCAAAUUAACAAUAAUGAAGAUAAUAUCAGUAACGCGAGUAUAAGGAGUGCAACAGAAAUUAACGAUGAUAGUGGACGAUCUUUAUCUCUCUCCAAUAAUGAAGAUCAAGUGGUAGGGAGGUGGUGCGAUGGUGAUAAAGCGAUUCCACUGAAGAAGAGGAGGGGGAUCGGGUUUGAUACCUUUGUUGAAAGCUCGAUAUUUGAUGGUAUGGAGAACGACAUGACAACGACAACUAUAACAACAACAACGUCAAUGAAGUUGGAUAACACCGGCAGUGAAGAAGAAAAACAAAUAGUGGAAGGUAAUAACGAUAAGGUAGCAGCAGCAGCAGCAUCUGUAGCAGCAGUGAGUGCAAAGAAGGGAAAUGCAAAGAGGGGUAACACAAUAAUGGAAGGUUCAAGGUGCAGCCGAGUGAACGGGAGAGGGUGGAGGUGUUGUCAACCGACACUCGUGGGAUACUCCCUAUGCGAGCAUCACUUAGGAAAGGGUAGACUCCGGAGUAUGACAAGUAACACUAGUGCAAAGUCGCGGUCCUCUAAGAAGAAGAGCAACUCUACAAACGGGACUAAAUUCGCGCUAGGCCGGGUUGAGGAGGUUGAGGCAGUGGAAGAUAAUAGUGAGAAGAAGUUGGAAAGAAUGAGUUCGUUUGGUAAUAAUAAGAGGGUGAAACUUGGUGUAGUCAAAGCUAGGUCGCUUAGUAGUUUGUUGGGGCAGACGAAUAGUAUGAACAUUGUUGCAGAUCAUGCAGAUAUUCAGCAGCAUGAAAAGAUUAGUAGCUUGGAUUAUCAAUGAACAAAUCAAGAUUAUGGAUAAACUCGAGGUUAGAGUUAUUUGAUUGCUUGAAUAAUGAUACACUAUUAAUUACAAUAUUAAGACGUAUAUAUGUAAUGUACGUCGUCGGUGCAAUGAACUAUAUAAAUAUAAUCUUAGUAUAUAGUUAGUGUGUUAUGCUAUUAUGGUUGCUAAUUUGGUGUAAUUAUGGGUGAUUAUUAGUGCAAAUUUAAGUUAUUGUGACGAAAAAAAAAGGAAUUAAAACAUGUUAAGAAAUACUUGGUAUAAUAUAAGAUGGAGUUAUAUAAAUGGACGUUUAAGGUUAA